AUUUUGAUCUACAAGUUCAAGUGAAGACUGGCAUAACUACGACAGCGACGUGAAAGAAUUUGUUGGUUCAGGUUACUAAAUUCUAGAAUCUAUAGACUCAAGUUUCUGAGACCUUUAAAAAACAAAAAAAGAACAGCACGAAUUUUGUGAUUGUGGAAAUACUCUCAACAGAUUCGGCUUUUGUGGAUGAAUUCAGUGUGGUUUUGUUUUGCCAGAGAAAGCACUGAUUAGUGAUUCAUACGGGAAGCACAAUGGCUGCCCAGCCAAAUUCGCAAUAUCUCAUCCCAAAUGAGACAGAAGUAGCUCUUUUGAACUGCUCCGAAGCCUUUGAAGGGCUGUCCCAGCGGGAAAGACUUUACUCUCAUCACUUGGCUCAAGCAAGUUUCAAAGGUGGCCUUAUUGUCUUGCUUCAGACAUCUCCCGAAUCGCCAGGGAUAUUUGUCUUGUUGCAAAAGUUGUUCAGGAGUCAAAGUCCAGCUGAAGUGUCUGAACUAGCUAAGAGUGUGGGCUUCUCAGAUGAAGAUGUCCAGGCUUUUUUCAUCUACGCUGCUGCAUUCUACUGCAACAUGGGAAACUACAAAUCUUUUGGUGACACCAAGUUUGUCCCAGCAGUUGAACGGAGCAAAAUGGAGUUGCUGGUGAAAGCUAGCAAAGCUUACACGGAUGAUAGUGCUGGUCUGCAGCAGCUUUGGGACAAGGUCAAGGAAAGGAUGUUUUCCCUCGGUGACCGUGACAAAGAACUCGGCUUGGCUCCCAAGGGCACAAGCACAUAUUACUCUGCCAACUGCGAUGAGAAUGAUGCCAAACUUGUCCAGCCAUUCUUGGAUGAAAAAAAAAUCAGUCCCUACAAUACUCGCUUGGUCAAAACCGCGGACGAGUGUGGUGAGACUGUCUAUGAAGUGUGUUUGGCUUCAGCAGAACAUGGAGCUGCUGUUAUUUCUGGCUUCCCUGAUGACUCUGUAUUUGGUGAGCAUAUGUAUACCCCUAGUGGGGAAAAAAAGGCCAUCAAGUUCAAGGUCACGAGGGGAGACUAUUCCCCCCUCAUGCUCAUGUUGAGUGAAGAGCUCUCCAAUGCUGAGCAAUACGCAGCUAAUGACAAUGAAAAGUCCAUGCUGAAAGAGUAUAUCAAGAGUUUUACAACGGGCUCCAUUAAUGCUCACAAAGAUGGUUCCAGGUUCUGGAUCAAGAACAAAGGUCCUAUUGUUGAAACGUACAUUGGAUUCAUUGAGUCAUACAGAGACCCAUACGGUGUGAGAGGCGAAUUUGAAGGUUUUGUGGCAGUGGUCAACAAAGCGAUGUCUACCAAAUUUGCCGCUCUUGUUUCGGGUGCAGAACACCUGCUUGCCCAUCUUCCCUGGCCUGCAGAAUUUGAGAAGGACAAAUUCCUCCGACCAGACUUCACAUCUCUAGACGUGCUGGGUUUUGGAGGCAGUGGAAUCCCAGCCGGCAUCAAUAUUCCAAACUAUGAUGAUAUUCGACAGUCUGAAGGCUUUAAAAAUGUGUCACUGGGCAAUGUGUUAACGUCUGGCUACAAGGACAGCAAAAUCACAUUCCUGAGAGAUGAGGAUAAGGAAUUGUACAGCAAGUACAAGAUUUCCUCCUUUGAGGUGCAGGUUGGACUUCAUGAGCUCCUGGGCCAUGGAAGUGGGAAACUGUUUGUGGAGGAAAAGGAUGGGUCUCUGAACUUUGAUGUGGACUCUGUGACUUAUCCCGACUCCACUGAAAAGAUCAGUAAAUGGUACAAACCUGGGGAGACGUGGGACUCCAAAUUCUCCACCAUCGCUUCCACUUAUGAGGAGUGCCGAGCCGAGUGUGUUGGCAUCUAUCUCUGUCUUCUGUCAGACGUCUUGGAGAUCUUUGGUCACACCGGGGAUGAUGCAGAUGACAUUAUCUACAUCAACUGGUUGAACAUGGUGAGGGCAGGCUUGCUAGCCUUGGAGUUUUACUCGCCAGACACCAGUUCUUGGCGCCAGGCUCACAUGAACGCCAGGUUUGUGAUUCUUCGUGUGCUGUUGGAGGCUGGAGAAGGACUUGUGAAAAUUGAGAAAUUCACCGGAGAGGAUGGGAAGCCAGAUCUCCGGGUGGUGCUGAACAGAGCCAAAAUUACAACUAUUGGGAAACCUGCCAUUGGAAAAUUCCUUUGCAAACUGCAGGUGUACAAGGCGACUGCAGAUGUGGAAGCAGGCAGGCAGAUGUACUCUUACUACUCAGAUGUGAAUGAUAGUGCAGAGCCGCACUUUCUGAGCCUGCGCAGCAUUGUCUUGGAACGCAAACAACCUCGCAAACUUUUUGUGCAACAUCAUACCUAUAUUGAAGACGGAGAGGUGAAACUGAAGUCCUACGAGUGCUCUGCUAGUGGCCUCAUCGAGUCUUUUGUGGAUCGAUUCCCAUCAGCUGAUAUUGACCGCGUGCUCCUGGGUCUGUGGGAGAAGGAUAGAGUGAAGCCAUUCUACUGAGCACAGGAGAUCGCCAUGCCAUGCUGCUCUGUUGUCAUGCUCUGUUGUCAGACUGAUUGUUUGCUCAUUAUCACAACCAUAGCUUCUUUAGUCUGGAUUACAUCAUUUUACAUUAGCAGCAGAAUGCUGUCAAGAAAUUAUUUAUUGUGUGGAUGCUUUCCGUGGAUAGGAAGAUAUUGUGGAGAAGUGUUAACAUGGCUGUUUCAUUAUGCUGAGGUCAGGGGUUGUGUCUGUUUUUGUCAGUUAGGGGGUUUUCAGGUUCUUUUAGACAGAACCAAGUGGAAUCCCCGUAAUUAAAGUGAAUGCGUUGGAGCAAUAUAAAUCACAACUACCUUGGAAUAGGUUUUGGCACUACAGUAAUACUAUCCUAAAGGGAGAAAUUAGCAUUGUGUAGAGUAAUAAUAAUAGGACAUUUUUCUGAAGGAUCUGUUGCCAAAGUUUUAAUGAUACUAAUAUGCAGUGAUGAUGAUCAUAGCUGUCUACUGAUUGAUGAUGUGUUUGAACAUCCGUUUGUUGUUUUUUUUCUUGUUUUUUUUCCCCUUUUGAUUUCAUUAUUCAUAAAAAUAUUUUGAUUGUGGAGUGUUUCCUAGCUGGUUGAAAUCCAAAAGUUUGUGAUGUACCAUACAUGAGUCACUUACUGACUGUUAUUUUUAACCCCGUCAUUGCCGCAGGUAAAUAGGCCCCUGUGCCGGGCGAAAUACCA